GUUCUCAUGGACACGCGGACAAUUCAAGGGGGCGAGGUGUAUCGCCAAUUGCAGCCGCAAUGGAAUCCCAUCUUGAUCGUGGCAUCAAUUGCCAUUUCGUUUCUGGGAGCUUUUACUUCGACACAACUCAUGUGCCAUGCAAGGAUGUCAUUGCGAUUUCACAGCGUAUUGCUGUGGGUGCUNUUUGGCAGUUUUGUGUUUGGAGGCUGUUCCGUCUGGUGCCUUCACAUGGUUGCAAUGUUGGCGUGCGAAUUUGAUGUCAAGAUGGGAGUCAAUACCCCGCUUACGGUUUUGAGUGCCUUUCUUCCAGUCUUCUUCACAUUUCUUGCUCUGGGCUGUGAGUUGCUCUGGGAGCGAUGGCAUUAUGUCCGAGGAAGAAAAAAACGUAGGGGUAGAAAGACAAGACAGAAAACGACAACCUUGAGUCCUAUGGGCAAGAACAGGAACAUCAAUAAUCAGCAAUUCUCGCUUCGUCCAGUGGCUGAAGAGGAGGAAGAAGGAGAGGAGGACGUUGAAGACUACCAGGAUGAAGAAAUUGCUCCUGACCAGCCAUUACUAUCAAGGCCUCGCCCAUCACCAAUUCGAAAUCCGGAAAGUCAGAGCUGGAGCGGACCGAGGACAGACUUCUUCAGAUCAUCGCAAGAUGGACCCGGAGCUUCAUUCGAUUCGAGUUUACUGCCGCCAUCUCCAGGUAUCGUCAUGUCUCCCAAGAUAAUGCCACGCGACACCAUUCGACCUAUUAUGGGAAGAAGUGCUUCAGGAAGAAGCAUUCCGAGCUUGAGGAUGGUAACAACGCAGAGUCUUCGUGACGACACUUCUACUGGCUUUCGUGAUGAUGCUUCUACGGUCAGUUCUGGAUCCCCAGGCCCAUCUUCUAGUGAUGGAUCUACUCUUCGCCGCGAAUCGUCAUCUGGUGGAUCAAGUACAAGCCAUGGUCUAAGCAGUGCGAUGGGCCUUGCAUACCGACGAGCUCCUGCAAGCACAAUGAACGCCUUCGUGGCUACUGCGAAGAUAUUGUAUUUCGGCAUGACACCAAGGAACAUUAUCAAGGGAUUUCUAUGGUCGCUCGCAAUUACGAGUGGAAUCUACGGAAUGAAGAUCCCUCAUGGAAAAGUCGUUCUGGAUCCAUGGAUUGUUCUUGCGUCUGCCCUUAUAUCCUGGAUUGUCUGCACAGUUGGUUGCAUUUGUAUGGCUGAGAUGGAAGCCAUGCUGUCUCAGCAACUACUCUUCUCAGUCGUUGCGACGACAGGCGUGGCGGCAAUGCAUUUUUGUGGAAUGAGAGCUGCUACCUUCUGGUCUACAUCUCCGCCAUCAGAGCUUAGAGGAUAUCCACCAGUGAUUGCAGCUGCAGUGGUCUUGAUUGCCUUCACAACAUGCAUUGCUGCGAAUGGUCUGCUAGCACACUCUGCAACCGUGUCUCGCAAUAAGCUUGCUGAGAUUAUCUGGACGCGCCGAGAGCUGUGGAGAACAAUUGCUCAGAAGGAGAAUGCAGAAGCAGCUGCUCUGGCAAGAAGCGAGUUUAUCGCAGCAGCCAGUCACGAGAUCAGAACACCCUUGCAUCAUCUGCAAGGUUAUAGCGAUUUACUCUCACAAACACCGUUGACUGAGGAAGGCCGAGCUCAUUUGGCUGCCAUCCAGAGAGCGACUAAAACGUUAUCUUUGAUCACAAAUAAUGUGUUGGAUUGGUCGAAGCUGGAGAAGGACGCCAAAGCAGUUUGCAAACCUGUCUCGCUGGAUAUUCGAACAGUCUGCGAGUCAAUCAUCAUCUUGCUUCCUAACAAAGAUGACGAGGCAGAUGUUGAGCUUUGUGUCGUGGUCGCUCCAGAUGUCCCAACUUCGGUUUUCCUGGACGAAACAUACAUCCAUCGCAUUUUGAUGAACUUGCUCUCUAAUGCAUGCAAGUUCACGAGAUCAGGCUACAUCAUACUUUCAAUCGAAGUCAGUGGCGACAAGCUGAUAGCAUCAGUACGAGAUACAGGUAUUGGUCUUGAUCCCACCUUUAUACCUCAAAUGUUCGAGCCGUACAAGCAAGGCGAGCAGAAGGGGAACCAACGAGGCACCGGUCUCGGUCUCAGCAUCAUUAAGCAACUUUUGCAAGCCAUGAACGGCACCAUUACUGUGGAAUCCAAAUUUGCCUAUUCACAUGAUGUCGGACCGAACCAGAGCGGAAGCACAUUCACUGUCACUAUACCUUUGCAACCAUCCUCUUUGCCACCACAACCAUCAGAUCAACCAGAGGAAAGACAUGUCGCAAUCCUUUCCGAGACGGACACCCGAUCCUUGCAAGGAGUAAGGACAGCAUGGGAAAUGUUUGGUCAUCAAGUCACAGUCGCAACCAGCAUUUCCGAACUUCCCGANAAAGAGUGGAAAUAUAUCUGGGCAGACAUGCCUUUCCUUCUCAACAAUAAAGAUCAAUUCCGUCGUCUCAUGAAACGACAAGAUUUGCUGGUCUUGGUACCUUAUGACACGCAAAAGUCACUGUCAGACUUGCCUGGCAUUGUAUCUGCACCACAUGUUGUACUCCUGCCACGUCCACUAGUCUGGCACUCCUUUGCCACAAGGGUCGACGCCGCAAACCGUCGCAGCCGCAGUGCAGCAGUCUCACGUACCUUGCGGUUUGCCCCAAUAGUGGAGGUCAUGCAAGACGUUGAUCCCUCUACACUGCAACAACCCACUCAGCCCUCCGAAACAGCUGAGCAGGAAACCCGCCAACAACAACAAAACCAACAGAGAGCUCCCUCUUUCAGUGCCGGAGAAGAAGAUCCGCGAAAAUCAGGAUCACCUGUUCAAGGACAACAACAAUCACAGACGGUAUUGCUGGUAGAAGACAAUGUCAUCAAUGCCAAGCUCUUCCAGAAGAUGCUGGUGUCGCUCAAACACAAAGUGAUCCUCGCUCCUGAUGGUGAAGCAGCUGUAGCACAGACACUCACCCACGACACCGCUAUUGACAUAAUCUUCAUGGUAAGCCGUCCCUUGUUCUUAAUCUUCUUUCCCUCUGCCUUCUUACCUGUGUCCUUACCCCUUAUUUCAUGUCGCUGA